CAAGCAGACGUCAGAACGGGGUUUAUCCACACUGAUAUGCAGAGUCGUGCUGGGCGCGAAGGGACAGAGCGCUGAUGGACUGACACGAGGUGCGUGCGUCCAGGGAGCGACACGCGAAGUAGCAGGGUGGAGAAGAAAAUGAGACACGCGUGGGUUUAAAUCAGUUGUUUUCUCUUCGGAUGGGUGUAACUCUAACCAACGUGCUCUAGCUGUCCUGGCAUACAGAAGACACCAGGAGCUUCUGCGCCCACAACCUGGAAAGAGCAGUUUUAGACCCUGAGGAUGCAGACUCCAUAGGAAUCGGUUUGGAGGAGGUGAGACCAGAGGAGAGAGGGGUGGGCACACCUCAGAUAUUGGACUGCACCCGUGUUUUUAAUGUGCUCAGGGCACCAUCUCCUCACUGAGUGUGAUUGCGUGCGGAAAUUGAGAAGAGCUCGGGGGUGAACCCAGCACCCUGCUCCUGUCUCCAAACAGCCCUGUCCCCUGACAGCCUGGAGCUCGGAGUGAGAAAUAUGGGAUAGAGCCGUGUCUCCACCCAGCGCAAGAAUAGAAGGUCACCCGCAGGGCCUGUCUGCCUCCCUUGGACAGCCGAGCAGUACGCUGGGAUCGCGGUGAUGUUGGCGCAACGUUGCUGAGACGUUGCCCCCGGGCUUCCUGAAGAGGCCGCAGAGCCCCGGCGCGGAGGUCAAGGGCGAGGGGGGACCAUGGUGAUGUCACAGGGCACGUACACCUUCCUGACCUGCUUCGCGGGCUUCUGGCUGGUGUGGGCCCUGGUGGUCAUGCUCUGCUGCUUCUGCAGCUUCCUGCAGCGCCGGCUGAAGCGGCGCAGGGAGGGGCGCCUGCGAGAGCGCAGCCUGCGCGUCCUGGAGAUGCCCCCACCCAGGGAGCUGCCCCAGAACCCGGCCCCGCCCCCGGCCCCACCCCCGGUCCCGCCCUCCAUCCCACAGGGCAGCUGGAUCGGGAAUCAAGAGGGUGACGUUUUUGGUAAGCCUCCAUGCUACGAGGACGCGGUGCUGAUGGAGGACCCCCCGCCGCCCUACAGCGAGGUCCUGGCGGACCCCCGGGGAGGGACGUACGGCGACCUCGCGGGCAGGACGCCCCGAGAGCCGCCCAGCACGGAGACGAGCAAGACCGCCCCAGAUGCAGUCUCCGAGGAGGCGGAGCAGGACUACCCCUCCCUCAUCCACCUUCCCGCCAGCGGCCGCUGGGACUCGCUGGGCCGGCUGCUCUCCACCAUGGAGUUGAACUGCAACAACCUUCCCCCUCCAGACCCCGCCACGCCUGCCCUCGCGGCCGGGACCAUGCCCGCCGAGCUGAGACUGGGGCGGCCGUUGCUGGAGCGGACCUGUCCACUGCCCACAGCCUUCCCCGUGUUUGGGAGAAGCACAGCUGUGUGACGCCCCCCCCCCACACACACACACACACACACACAUGCAGGUUCAGAGGGAACUGUCAUCACCUCCGUUUCUCUCUCUGUGAGCAGAGAGUGGGGAAAAUCUCCACCUCAGAACUGAGGCUGAUAGCGUUUAGUGGAAAGGCAGGGGGCAGGUUAAGGGGGAGGUUUUGGCAUCAGGCCCCUCCCAUUCACAGACACACAGUUAGUGCAGAGGACAUUCAUCACAAAGCCUUCCAGAGACUUCCACCCGAAUGUAUUGAUUUACCUGCAAAAACAAAAUAAGAAUGACUUCCUCUCUGCUUAGCAUUCAACCGGGAAUUAUACUUAUUUAUCCUUCGUCAUACUCAUUUAUCAAAUUCUCUUCUUUACUGUAUUCAUAGAAACAAUGGAACAGUGUACCAAAUGAUAUCCCCUCUUUCUCCAGUGUUUUUUGGUUUGAUGAAAAUGUAUGCAAAGAUAUUUUAAAGUAUUAGUAAAAAUGGAAAUUAGAUGGUACAGCUCCACAGGGAGGAUUGCAGUCCAGACCUCUCAUGGACCAAAUGUUUGAAUCACAGAGAAGCUUUUAGCGCUGCAGGUUAAUGUAAUAUUAAACCCAGGUGGGGCCUGUGCAGCGAGCUGCUUAUGCAUCUGCAGAGUAACUUACCGCUGUGCAGAAUCGCGAGCUGCCCGGUAACAGCAGUCUGUAUCUCCCAGGGGGCCGGCACCAGCUGGGCCUAAGCACCCCUGAAGGAGCUUUUAUUUCAUUAGCCCAAUCUGGUGCAAACAUCAAGCCCCCUCUCAGGGAAGCUGGGCGAAUGCAUUCGGGAUGCAGGCUGUCAUUAGAGCAGCAGCCCACGUAAAACAACACAGGCGCGUGCUAAUUGGUUCCUCCAUUAAGAAACACUGGACAGAGGAGGGAUACGGGAUAGUGAUUAUACUGACCCCCGAUGUUCAGACCGCUUUGCAGAAUUAACAAGCUGUCUUGAGCCGACCCUGAAAUAGGCACACUCAUGAGGGUUUCCUUUAAUAUGAUACAUCUGACGUUCUAAAACGCAGACAUUAUAAAACCCAGAUGACGGUUGAAACUCCAGUCCUUUUGCAUUUUAUGGAAUGGUCGUCUCUCUGUAUUGCUUCAUCAUCUGAAUGCAUCCCAAGGCUUGUUUUAUUAAUACCCAGCUGUUUUGACAUGACUGAGUUCAUGCAUUACAAUGUUUUCCCCAAUUCCUCUCCUAAUUCCUUAAAUUCACAUCUUCCUUUUUCACAUAUAGGCAAAUGAAUCAUAACCAAAUAAGUUAUCAUAACAAGGCACCAGGUGUUGAAAAGUAUACAAAUCCCAUGUUCAAACUGUGAAUUACCGAACAAUAUUGUUGGUAUAUGUUAUGGUCAGUGACAGAUAUAACCCGUGUAAACUAAAGGUAAGCUUUGCUAGAGGUCACAUUGCAUAACCACACUUUUUCUGUUUGAAUACGAAUACUUUUCAUUGUAUUCAAGUACUUCUCAUUUUUUAGAUAAACUGUAAAUCCAGAAUCACUAUUAUACAGUAAUAGUGUGAAACUGUUAUCUAUGAAAACAGGAGCAGCAGAAAAAAAAUACAUAUUGUUCUGACAGUGAAAUUUCCUCAGCAAAAGAUCAAGGACAUCAGAUGAGCUUGAGGCUGCUAAUACAGGCAGCCCUGUCCUUUACACUUCAGAGCACAAGUAUAAUUCUGAAAAUGGCAUGAGACAAUGGCAUGACAUAUGAGACACAAAGAGUUGGACUUUUCUCUCCCUGUCUUCAAGAGAUUUUUGACUUUUUAUUCAAAUAAUGUCUGUGACUCCUGCAACUGAUUCUCUUGAACAUUAUACAAUGGUUGAAUUAACUGAGACCAAGACAUACUGAGAUUUAAAAUGGCUUUAUUGAUACAUGAAUGUGAAAAAAGACAAAAAAAAACAAAAUGGUGCCUGACGACAUCACCCCUUUCCUGUAUUGACACGUACUGUGCGAGGUGGCAUU